AUUUGAGUCAGAAAAAAAAUUGAAAUGUAUGGUCGGCUUUGACUCAUGACACGAAUAAAUUAAUUUAUAUAUAGGGAACGGCCCUUAACAGUAAAUUCAUUAACCCAGUUACACUUUUUUACAAAACUAUAUAGUAUAUAAUAUAUAUAAAUACUUAGUUAUAAUGUCACUGGUAUAUGUCAAUGAACAAACUGGUGUAGAUGGACCUGAAGUUUCAGGUACUGAACAACAACCAUUUCAAUCAGCUGCUUAUGCAGUUUUCAUUCAACCUGAAUCAAAAGUAUUAAUUUAUAAGCAAUUAGAAGAUUCUGAAGAAUUUGGUUAUAGCGAAAUUUCUGCCUCAGCUUUGAAAAAAGCUAAAAAGGGUGCUGAUGGACUUAAGAAAAAAGCUGAAAAGCAAGCUAAACUAGAAGAAGAUCAAAAGAAGAAAGAAGCAGAAAAUGCUGCAAAAUUAGCUGAAUUAGAUUUAAUAAAAAUUGAAGAAGAUACUUCAUUACCUUUAGCUAAAAAGAUUAAAUUAAGAACAAUUCAAGAAAAUUUAGAUACAAGAGUUGUAGUUCAAGGUUGGAUUCAUCGUUUAAGAUUACAAAAGGGUGUUGCUUUUAUUACUUUAAGAGAUGGUACAGGAUUUAUUCAAGCUGUUUUAAGUGGUGAUUUAGCUAAGGCAAGACAAACUCAAGAAUUAACUUUAGAAUCAACUGUAAUUAUAAAAGGUGUAAUUAAUAAAUUACCUGAAGGUAAAUCUGCUCCUGGUGGAGUUGAAUUAAAAGCUGAUUAUUAUCAAGUUGUUGGUUUAGCACCAGCUGGUGAAGAAUCUUUUACUAACAAAGUUCAAGAAAAUGCUGAUCCAUCAUUAUUAUUAGAUCAACGUCAUUUAGCUUUAAGAGGUGAAACUUUAUCUGCAGUAAUGAAAGUUCGUGCUUCUUUAUUAAAAGCCAUUAGAAGAUUCUUUUAUGAAGAAGGACUUUUAGAAGUAACACCUCCAUGUAUGGUUCAAACUCAAGUUGAAGGUGGUUCUACUUUAUUUAAAAUGGAUUAUUAUGGUGAAGAAGCAUACUUAACUCAAUCUUCUCAAUUAUAUUUGGAAACUUGUUUACCAGCAUUAGGUGAUGUUUUCUGUGUUCAAGAAUCUUUCAGAGCUGAAAAAUCUCAUACUAGAAGACAUUUAUCUGAAUACACACAUAUUGAAAGUGAAUUAGCAUUUAUAGAAUUCGAUGAUCUUUUAUCCCAUCUUGAACGUCUUAUCACAAAAACUGUUCAAUAUGUUCUUGAAGAUCCAAUUGCUGGUCCAUUAAUUAAACAAUUAAACCCUGAUUUCCAACCACCUCAAAUGCCAUUCAAGAGAAUGGAAUAUAUUCACGCUUUAGAUUGGUUAAACGAACAUGGUAUUCCAAAUGAAGAUGGUGAAAAAUUCAAAUUCGGUGAUGAUAUUGCUGAAGCUGCUGAACGUAAAAUGACUGAUACAAUUGGUGUUCCAAUUUUAUUAAUACGUUUCCCAGUCGAAAUUAAAUCAUUCUAUAUGCAAAAAUGUUCUGAUGAUCCAAGAGUUACUGAAUCUGUUGAUGUAUUAAUGCCAAAUGUUGGUGAAAUUACUGGUGGUUCUAUGAGAACUUGGGAUUAUGAAGAAUUACUUGCUGGUAUUAAGAGAGAAAAAUUAGAUUUAGAAUCAUACUAUUGGUUUACUGAUCAAAGAAAGUAUGGUACUUGUCCUCAUGGUGGUUAUGGUCUUGGUACUGAAAGAAUUUUAGCUUGGUUAUGUGAUAGAUUCACUGUUAGAGACUGUUCAUUGUACCCAAGAUUCACCGGUAGAUGUAAGCCAUGAACUAUUUUUUAAGUAUCUUUAUGUAUUUAUUUUGAAUAGAUUAAUAGUUAAUGGUUCAUCAAUAGAUAUACUCUUGUACAAAUAAAUAAUUUAUGACUCAAAAUCAAUUUUUAAUUUUACAUGUCGUGUCCCAAUUAGGCAAUC